UUCCCAUCUUUUGGUAAUCAUUCAGUAAAAUGAUUUCUGUUUGUAGAUAUGGCUUUAGAAAUAGUUACAUGAACGGAAACUUCAGUAGGCUCUGUUAUGAACAUUCGUUUCAUCAAUACUUGUCUAACCCGCAAAGGAUGGCUGUUUCUCCAUAUAGUUCGAAUCCAAUUAAUAGCACUUUGAGGCCUAUACAUUAUUUGAGUCAAACCCAAAUUGACCCAGUUCCCAAAAUUGCUUCAAAUGGAUUUCUGGGUAUAUAUGACCGGUUUUUGUUGUAUAACUUUUACUCAACCAAGCCCCCUUCGCGAUCUUUUAGAAGGAGAGAAAGUAAAAGAGUCAAAUCCAGUAAAUCAACUCUUGAUGAAGUCCAAUUUCAAAGGGCCAUAUCCCAGUUGUUGCCUAGAUUCACACCUGAAGAACUUUGCAAUGUUAUAACUCAGCAAGACGAUCCUAUUGUGUGUUUAGAGUUGUUCAAUUGGGCAUCACAACAGCCACGGUUCAAACAUGAUGUUUCUACUUAUCACAUUACGGUAAAGAAACUUGGGGUAGCUAAAAUGUAUGAAGAAAUGGAUGAUGUUGUCAAUCAAGUGCUUGCUAUUUCCUACAUUGGUUCUGAGGCACUUUACAAUUCCAUUAUCUAUUUUUUCACAGAAGCUCGGAAGUUGACUAGAGCUGUCAAUAUAUUUAAACACAUGCAGAAUAGCAGAAACUUGAAUUGCAGGCCUUCAAUUAGGACGUAUAAUAUUCUUUUUACGGCCUUUUUGAGUAGGGGAUCUAAUUCUUACAUAAAUCACAUGUACAUGGAGACCAUUAGGUGCCUGUUUAGGCAAAUGGUGGAUGAUGGGAUUGAACCUGAUAUUUACUCUUUGAAUUCUAUGAUUAAGGGGUAUGUACUUUCCCUUCAUGUCAAUGAUGCACUUAGAAUAUUCCAUCAGAUGGGUGUGGUCUAUAAUUGCUUGCCCAACUCAUUUUCGUAUGAUUAUCUCAUCCAUGGGUUAUGUUCCCAAGGCCGAACAAACAAUGCUAAGCAGCUGUGCAAUGAAAUGAAGAGUAAAGGGUUUAUCCCAAGUAGUAAAUCAUACAACUCGCUUGUGAACGCUUUGGCUCUUAAUGGAGAGGUUGAGGAGGCAGUGAAGUAUUUGUGGGAGAUGAUUGAGAAGCAAAGAUCAGCUGAAUUCAUUACUUAUAGGACAGUGCUUGAUGAAAUCUGCAGACAAGGAAGGGUGGGAGAGGCAAUGAGGUUGUUGAAGGAGUUCCAAGAGAAAGACCUUCUGAAUGGGCAUACUUACAGGAAGCUUCUAUAUGUGCUUGAAGAUGACUAUGGAGAUUCGAGUGCCCACUCUCAAUUCAGAUAAACUGAGUUCUAAAAGUAGCUCUUCUUUUACUGUUGAAGUUAAGCCGUUGCAUCACUACAUAGAGUUUGACAAUCACGAAAAAUGUUGCCAUUUGGUUGAAAAUCAGUUUAGGCAAGAAUAACAUUUUAGCUCACCUCAAACAGUGCUGUUAAGAAAUCAGCACAACCCUCUCUACGAGAGCUUGCUGCCAAAUGUAUUCACUGGCAUCUCUUCCACUGGCACAUGCUCUCGUGGCAUCCUCCUCCUCGUCCAGGAUAAAUCCAAGUGAUCUGGAAGACUCUUUACUCCAAUUGGUCCAAGAGCACCACCAUGCCUCCCUCAGAAUCCACAAUCUCACUGCGUAAUGUAAGUGAUUGUGGCAGAGAAGGCACAGAAUGAAGCAACUAAAAAGGCAGUGUGUGUGGCAGAGCUUCUGGUGGAAGCAGUGAAAAGGAGGGUUUAAUAACAAGGCACUACUUGUGUUCGAGUUUUUAUCACUGUGCACUUUUCCUCUAACUUGCUAAUUUGUUGGACGUUGUCUUGUGGAGUCUCCACGUUUACCUAUUGUUUUGAGUGAGUUUCCCUACAAACAUGAGAAGGAUUUUUUGCCAUGUAUUUUUAACUGCUUUAUCUCAUUAACAAGUUACUUGGAAUACCAUAUCGAAAAAUCAACUAGGAAUUCGAUGUA